AUGUUGUUUAGCCCGAGUACGCCCGUCCACGACUCCCGCCCAGUCCAGCCCAGACUCGCGCCGAGGCCCGCCGUGAUGGCCGAGGAGGACCCCGAGCAGCAGCCGGACCGCGGGGCGAGGAGUCCGCCCGGCCUGCUCACCGGGCUGCAGGGCGCUGAGGCCAGUGCUCUGCAGCUGAGGAUCAAGAACUCCAUCUGCAAAUCUGUUCAAUCAAAAGUGGAAAACAUUCUGCAAGAUGUGGAGAAGUUCUCAGACAUUGAAAAACUCUACCUCUACCUUAAGUUGCCUUCUGGUCCAACCAGCAUCAUUGAUAAAAGUGACCAGAGCGCCCUGUCAUCAAGCCGCACUCAGCAGAUGCAUGCGUUUAACUGGAUCCGCCAUCAUCUGGAGGAAUACCCAGAGACAUCUCUUCCCAAACAGGAGGUCUAUGAUGAAUACAAGAGCUUCUGUGACAAUCUAAACUACAAUCCACUGAGUGCUGCGGAUUUUGGAAAAAUGAUGAAAAAUGUCUUCCCGAACAUGAAGGCGCGUCGACUUGGCAUGAGAGGAAAAUCAAAAUAUUGCUACAGUGGACUGAGGAAGAGGCCCUUCGUCCACAUGCCAUCUUUACCAUCUCUGGAUCUCCAUAAAACAGGAGAUGGGCUCCAGUGUGAUGUUUUAGAGUCACCGGGCCAGCUGAGCAGCAUAAAGGAGGAAGUGCGAUUUGCAGCCUGUGACCUGGUGUGCGAGUGGGCCCAAAAGGUGCUGAAACGGCAGUUUGAUGCCGUGGAAGACUUGGCUCGCUUCCUAAUCGACAGCCAUUACAUCAGCAACAAGUCUCUGGCAGCUCUCACCAUUGUCACCGGCACAGCAACAGAGGCUAAGCCUUCACAGACGGUCUCAGCGUUCGUCCCCACUGCUGAGGCUCACUCCUUCCAGCCUCACGGCACGACGCUGUCCUCACCCUCCGUCGAUGCAAAGCAGCAGCUCCAGAGGAAGAUCCAGAGGAAACAACAAGAACAGAAGCUGUACUCCCCUUUACCUGGAGAGGGACACGUCAAGAGGGCGGAUGACGGUGUGCCUUGUGCCAGCCCAAGCCCUCCGUCACCUCAGCCAACUAUCGGCAUCGUGGUGGCUGCUGUGCCGAACCCCAUCACGGUACAAAGAGGCAGGCAGCUGUUGUCCCCCAGCCCAAUGGGAACAGUAGAGGGCAAAAUGCUGCCAAUUAACUUCCAAAUGGUGACCCAGCCGGUCCAGGCCGUGAAACAGAGCCCCAAAACCCCACAAAGUCUUACAGCAAGUCCAGUGGGAGAACGCACGGUUCGGCAGCGCUAUGCGCAAAUCCUGCCCAAACCUGUGGCCGCGACUGCUAUCACUUUGCGCUCGCCCUCCACCAUGAUCAUCGGGAGCAGCCCUGUGAAGACUGUGUUGACCACAUGUUGCGUCAGCCCAGUCAGUUUAGUCCAGAUGACAGCCAUAUCACUCUCACUCAACGGCAGCAAUACCACCACUCCCCUCGCAAACGCCACUCUGCGACCGGCUUCCGCCGGCAUUAGUGGUACUCUGUUUGCAGAAGACAUCAGCUCAAGUCAAAGCAUGAGGAGUACUUCUGCAUUCCCCAUCCUGGCCCCGGUGGCCAGGUUCGGGCCGACUACUAACACUCGUGCCAUCGAUGUUGAAAUGGAAGUUGAAGCUAUACAUAAAUACAGCCAAAUGCAAAAUCCUGGUGCUCUAGUUUUUCCUCAAGAGGCAAUGGCAAAUAGGGCUGGAGGGGCUUUCCAGAGGGCUGCUAGUGUUCCCAUAACUCAGUCUAAAGGCUUCUUGAGUCUGGAGAACACAUCCAGCACCAAUCGCAAUGGAAAUUCCUCUAAUACUGUUAGACCAGUUGAAAAUAGCAAUAAUAGUGCAAAUAAUACAAGCGCCUUGCACUCAACUCCGAAUACCAGCGCUGUUUCUUUACUGAACACCAGCACACGACCUUCAUUUGGGGAAAGCAGCAGUGUAAUACCAGCAACGGAAGGUUUCCUGCCCACUAAGAGCCUCAGGAAACGUUCCAGCCUCAGUCCAGACCUUUCUCCCAUCAAACGGGCUUUCAUGCACCAGCAGCCAGUAGAGGGCGGCGCUGGUCUUGGAUAUGGGAUUAGAAACACGGUCCCUAACCUCCUCAGGCCAGGAGCUCCAACUAGACCUGAAAGCGCACCAGCUGCCAGAGAGGUAGAGACGAGAAUGAUCUCUGCCCCAUUCGCUCAAGUCCACGCACCUUGCACUUCCUCCGUCAGAGCCAGUGGCUUCUACUCUGUUGCCAAAACACAGAGCUCAAUGCAGAGGAAAAACACUUCCACUGUAAUGGAAACUUGCCCCUCAGUCAGUCACCCAUUAAUUCAGCAACAACAGGGGCACACGAUGUCUAACGUGCAUGCCGUACCGAAUAACCACGGCCUCCAAACACAUUCAAAUGUGAGUGAUGUUCGGGGUUCAGCCCCAGGGAGCCUGGAGGGAGCUCAACAACAUACCUAUUCUAAGUCUAUCCCUGUUACGACACCCUUAGACUUUUUGAAUCAAGCUUCAUCCUCAAGCCAGCUCCCGAUGCAGACUGAUAUGGACUACUUCCCCUUUGAUGAUGAUGUGACUCAGGACAGCAUUGUGGAGGAGCUGGUGCAGAUGGAGGAGCAGAUGAAGCUUAACCAGCAGGAGUUUGGAAACUGUGUUACACAGGGCCAACAGGCUGCGAUGCCAGACAGCCUCGUGUCUACCAAUCAGACCAUGACCACCUACUAUCAUGCCACAAGCUGCCGCAGCAACCCCAUCCAGACGCCAACACCUACUCCAACUCCCACAUCGGAAAUGAUCGGAGGAGUCCAAGGCUUCACCAGAGAGAGCCCCUUCUCCCGCAUCGCCUCCACGACACCAGUGGACAGCGCACUGGGAAGCAGUCGACACACCCCAGCUGGUACUCCGCACUCCAACUGCAGCAGCACUGUGCCUCCCAGUCCAGUGGAGUGCAGGAACCCGUUUGCAUUCACACCCAUCAACUCCAACGUCACUGGUUUCCACGACGGCAGCACCAUCUCCAGCAGCCCAGUCAAGCCCAUGCAGAGACCGAUGGCAACCCACCCAGACAAGACCAGGCUGGAGUGGAUGAAUAACAGCUACAACAGCAGCAGCAAUGGGAGCUUGAACAAGUCAAACAGUGGAAUGGGAAUCCUCCCCAGCUAUCAAAGCCUGAUCGGUGACCAUUUCCAAAAACCCCACGCUUUCGCCAUCCCUCACGCACGGCACCACGACAGCCAUUUUGGCCGCUUGACUCCCAUCUCGCCGGUGCAGCAGCAGUUCGCCAACACGGCCAAGCAGGAGGGCUUUGCUGUGCCGGCCCCUCUGGAUAACAAAGCCGCCAACACAGCCGCCUCGACCUUUCGAUGCCGCAGUGUAAGCCCCGCCGUGCAUCAGAGGAACUUGUGUGGAAACACAGGAAACCUUCCCCAUAUCCCUCAGUCGGUCGUGUCUCCCUUUCACUCUCCCGUCACGCUAGAGAUGUUGAACAUCUUCGCGAACAGCCAGACGCAGUUUGGGGUGAGCAGCAUGGCGCAGAGGAGCCAUUCUGUGCCGCUCAACAUCCUGAUGCAGACUGAAGUCCAGCCCCCGCCGGGCCAACGCUGCAACAGCAAAAACAUCGCCAAUGUCCUUCUGAGCAAGCUGGAUGGGGACCAUGACGACACGGUUCGGGGGCUGGGCAUCAAUAACUUACCCUCCAGCUACACUGCACGCAUGAACCUCACCCAGAUCCUUGAAUCCGACCCCGACCUCUCCUGCAGUGAUCACCACCUCAGCCUGAUGACCUCUGACUCCUCCACCAGCAGAUGCAAGUUGCAGAGGCCAGAUUACCUCAUCGAAAAUGCAAUUAAUGAACAAAUGAUUCUCUCAGCAGGUGACAGCCGAGUACAGUCGGCUUCCAGAGAGCAGCAUCGACAACAGGCCCAGUCGAUGUUGUUGACGCUGUGCUCACAGCAGCAUCAAGAAGAACUGCAGCAGCAGUUGGAUUUCAGCAGCACGGUGAAAGACCUGCUGGCAGACAACGGCCUCACUGCUGGCAGUCAGCUCCUGGACCAGGGGUCGGAGAUAACUACAGGCACAGCCGAUUUCCCUUGUGAAAUCCGAUUGACAUCGGAGCUCUCCAGUAGCAUCAAUGACCUUAACGCGUUGGACACGGACCUGCUGUUUGACCCCAGCCAGCAGCAAGGCCAAUACCAGCAUGCUGCUGCAGAGGACGAGUUGGUGAAUGAUGUGCUGUUUCAGCAAAUUACCAGCGACACAGCACAUUCAAGUGGACUUGACUGGCUGGAAAGCAAAGAUCAUCCAACUGUUGGCUUGAUAGGUUGAGAAUAGAGCUUUUUUUGUGUGUCAUGUUGAACAUGUGAACCUGUUGUUCUUGUUUGUUUAUUUAUUUUCAGGCAUUUACACUUUAUAUAAUGCAACACUGGACACAUUGAGGUGUGUCCGGUUUAAGUGCCAGGCUGAACGGCAACAAUGCUGCAGCACUCUGAUUAAAAUGCUGGUCAUUUCCGUGUAAUCAGAGGACAUCGCCUCACAUUGGUUCCUCAAGUUAACAAAAGGUGCUGAACAAAUAACAAUCUUUCACUGGAAAGUCUGAAAAAACAUAACACAGCUAUGGAUUUCUUAGUGUAAAGAAAUGUAGACAUUUCUGAAAAAAGGAUUAUCAUGAAGAAGAAAAAAUAAUACUAAUAAUACAAAAAUAUUUAUCAUUGUGACUAACUCUUUUAACUGAAGCAUUAUCUAACGAAAGCAUAAUGUGAAUAAUGAUUGCUGAACUAAUAAUACGUCAUAUUUGCAACAUUUGUGUGCGAUGCAUAUUCACUGAAAAAAACCUGCAAGUAUAACAAGUUAUCUUUGCAGGAGCGUUAGGUGUCAGUCUAGUCUAUGUCUUUGUUUUUAGCAGAAAAAGAUUUUUAACACGACAUGUUUGAAAGUAUACACAUAAAUAUGAUUCAGUGACAGAAACAGAGAGCAAAAUUCAUCCAUAGAAAUCCCGUUAAUAUAUUCCUAUGAUCAGCUGGAGUUGGCAUGGAGCAUAUGAUGAGGAUGCAGAACAAUUUAAAAUAUGCAAUGAAUUAGCUGAUUAUAUAAAAAAUUAACAUUGAUAAAUCAAUUUGAUGGAAUUCAUAAAAGAGAGGGAUCAAUGUAAAAACUGUCAGUUUCUGUGGUCCACAUGUUCAAGGUUUGAGGUGUCGUUUAUUUAUAUGUGGUCCCAGACUUUGUGCCUCUCUAACGGAUUCAAAGAGUCAACCAAGUCAUCCUCUCACGCCUUCAUCUCCCGAAUCAAACGUCUGCUCAUUAUGGAGCUCAGACCGCUUGAAGAGGAUGAUAUCAAUAAUAGAAUUUGGCCUCUUUUGCACUUUGUAUUGUUUUCUAAGCCACAUUUUGCAAACGUUUAGAAAAAGAGAAAUUGUCUUUUAUAAUCUGCACUUUAACGUUGCAGAAACUCUCAUGAUACUCUUUUAUUAACAUGGAAAAACAUUUCUUUGUUUGUUGUUCAAUCCAUAUAAAGAAAACCAGCAGUGUAAGAUGAGGGCUCUACUCUUAAUCACUUGUAGAUCCAAAUGGAAAGAAUUUAUGAAAUAACUAUUUGAUAAUAAUUAAACUAAACCCCAUGAAUGUGGGGUUUCUGCACUUUUAGAUUAUGAUUCUUGUAGAAAAGAAGUUAGAGUAAGAGUUAUGGGACAUAAUAAUAGCCAUUUUCUUAGCACUCAGAAAAUGCAUUAUUGUAUUGUUUGCAAAUAACUUAUUUGAUUAAGCGGUGGAGGUUUUCAUCUGAUAAAAAAUAUAUUACAUUUAUUAAAUUGAGCGUUAAUUAACUCCUUAUCUCUAAAGAACUUGAACAAUUUUGCUUCCUACUGUAGCACUCCUCAUUCUGCACUGACAAUCUGUAACACUUGUGUUUCUUAACAUGCACUGAGUUUUAUUUGAAUGCUGGAGGAACAUGAUUGACUGCAUGGCCUGAGAAGAUUAAUCAUAAAGUCACUGAUCAUAUAUGAAAGUGUUGAUUUGCACUGAUUUAGAGCUGUGUGUGAAGAAGUCAUGCAACCACAGAUGAGAUGAGACUCACAGGUGCUCCCUGAGGGUUCUGGUUUCUGAGCCUUAUGUCCAUACCAAAGACAAAUUGUUACAUAUAACCUGCAAUAACAUGCACUAAGAUAUUGGCUGACAUACUGAGUUAUGUCUAGUAACAGCCAUAACAAAGAUUCUGUAAUGUGAAGAAUAAAAUGGGAAAUAAGUGAAACAUUGGGGACAGUUGGAGCACUGGAAAAACCUUUCUUUAUAUAAUCAGGACAAUGUUAUGAUUUUUUAGUUUACUGUUGUUGGUGAUUUUAUAAAACCAACAGGUAAAUAAGGUUUUAUAGAGGCAAAAAAGACACUGUAAUUCAUCAUGUUUCUCUGUGUUAGCAUUAGAGAGUGUGUUUUUAUUUUUUUGUCAGUCUCACCGUCGUUCAGGUUGUUUGUGUGUUUACUAUUUAUUCAGAGUGUGUUGUUUGUACAGAAGAUGUAACCUUGCAAACUAAUAUUGAACAUUCGCAACAAUCAUAAUGUUUGGUAGCAUACAUGUUCAGUGUCAGCAUAUAACCACAUAGUAUACGGUAUACUGUUGUUCAACAGAUGAUUGGUCCAAUGAGGUGAAAAAUAUGAAAAUGUAACAAAAUUCGAAACCUUUCAGAACUGAAUUUUGACAGAAAAUUGCUCAAAAUGUGUAAAUCGGACAAUCUAAUUAUACGGUGUAAUAUUAAUGUCAUGAUAUAUUGCGAAUGCAGAACAUUAAAUCUCUUUCAGUAUCUUGAUAAAUAUUGUGCGUUGUUUUAUACAUUUUUAGAAAACCUUUAAUUUCUCUAAAAGCAGAUCAUGUAUGUUAUAUAUAGUCUCAUUUUGAUUAUGAUUUGACAUCGAUCAAUUUAGACAAACGUUUCUUAUUUAUGUUUUAGUUUAUCUUUCCUGUGUCUGUGAAAACCGGCAACGCAUUGAUUUGGUUCACACUGGUUUGUGUUUGAAGAAGACUUUACCCUUCCUCUUGCUGAAAGUGGUCCAGAGCUGUAGAACUGCCCUCUACUGUUGUGUUGCUGUGAUCAGUGAACGGGGGGAUUUUUUAAUAAGGGGAAGUGCUUGUUGAUAUUGCUUUUUCGAGAGUUUUUCAAACAAUAAACAUUUUUAAGUACAUACGUA